ACGUAUUUGAGAUCCGUUAAGUCGGUUAGUUAAGUGGGCAUACUAAAAAUGAUGUUCGCUGUUGCCCUGUGCCUGCUAUUGGCCACCAGUGGCUUUGCCCUGGUUCCGAAACAUCCCGCCGACCUAGUCUCCAUGUUGGCUCGCCAACAGUUCGCCGUUCGCACUUUAAUGGGCGCUCCGGAGGUACGGGAUGAAUCGAACCUGGUCAAUGACUGCUUCACCCACUACAUGGAGGACCAGACCAACGUGAUCAUGAGGUACAACCUACAGUACACCGGAUGUCUGAGGACCGCACAAACUGGUCGGGAUGAGCUCACUAAGGAGAGCGCCUCGGAGCGCGAAGCCCUUCUGGAUCGCACCAACCAAAUGUGCUCCAGUCUGACCCAGUGCGAUACCCUUGUUGAUGGCCUGCAUUUCUUCGAUUGCUACCGCAAUGCCUCCUCCGACAGCUACAAGGUUAUGUUCACCCUGAACAGUGACUCCAGCCUGGACUUCAAUCGCAUCAGUGCCAAGUACCAAGUGAUCGAGACCGAUCUUACCGACUGUGUGGAUUCAGCUCGCUUGGAUUACGCCCACGACAUGGACGCGUGCGACGAGAAUCUGACGAUGUGCUUAAAGGGAGGCGAGACUUCCCCCCAACCGACUGUUUCCACUACUCCUGUGGUUCCAUCGACUACUACGACUACUGAAGCUCCAGUGUCCACUACUCCUGAAGCUCCAUCGACUACUACGACUACUGAAGCUCCAGUGUCCACUACUCCUGUAGCUCCAUCGACAACUACGACUACUGAAGCUCCAGUGUCCACUACUCCUGAAGCUCCAUCGACUACUACGACUACUGAAGCUCCAGUGUCCACUACUCCUGUAGCUCCAUCGACAACUACGACUACUGAAGCUCCAGUGUCCACUACUCCUGUAGCUCCAUCGACUACUGAAGCUCCAGUGUCCACUACUCCUGUAGCUCCAUCGACUAUUACGACUACUGAAGCUCCAGUGUCCACUACUCCUGUUGCUCCAUCGACUACUGAAGCUCCAGUGUCCACUACUCCUGUAGCUCCAUCGACUAUUACGACUACUGAAGCUCCAGUGUCCACUACUCCUGUAGCUCCAUCAACUACUACGACUACUGACGCUCCAGUCUCCACUACUCCUGUUGCUCCAUCGACUACUGAAGCUCCAGUGUCCACUACUCCUGUAGCUCCAUCGACUAUUACGACUACUGAAGCUCCAGUGUCCACUACUCCUGUAGCUCCAUCGACUACUACGACUACUGAAGCUCCAGUGUCCACUACUCCUGUAGCUCCAUCGUCUACUACGACUACUGAGGCUCCAGUGUCCACUACUCCUGUAGCUCCAUCGACUACUACGACUACUGACGCUCCAGUGUCCACUACUCCUGUAGCUCCAUCGACUACUACGACAACUGAAGCUCCAGUGUCCACUACUCCUGUAGCUCCAUCGACUACUACGACUACUGAAUCUCCAGUGUCCAGUACUCCAGAGAGCACUACCGAAGCCGCUUCCACUUCCGAGCGUUCACCUGAGGAAGAUAUCGACAGAUCCUUGCGUCUCGGUCAGAGGAGAUCUUGGAACCUGUUUAAGCGCUUCUUCUAAUCUUGAGGAAUUUUGAAUUAUUUAUUGCAUUCAAUGGGAAAAUGUAAAAACCCUAAUAAAUUUUCCUGCCGAUAAAGCGUAGAA